AUGGAUCUGUUUUACGAAACACAAGAAAAUCAACAGCAAAUACUUAGUACAAUGGUGCAAUUUCACAAAGAAGAAUUAGUAAGUCAAAAAAACCAAUUGAAUCAACAGCAACAAAUCAUUCAAAACAUAAUGGAACUCCAAAAAUCUCAAUUAAAUGUCAAUGAACGCCAAUUUAACCAAUUACAUGAACUUACUCAAAAUGUUAUACAAAACCAGAAAGAUCAACAAGCACAUUAUCAAGAGUUCAGUAACAAAUGUAUUCAGGCUUUAAAUGAACAACAACAAUCAGUUCGAAAUGAACAAAAAAAUUUUUAG